CUCUAUUGGUAAAUUGAUUGUGAAAAAAUUAACAAUUGUCAGCUUUACAGAUAACGUCACUUUACAUUUAUUUUAAGCAAUUUUCACAUUUUUAAUCCAUGCUUUAAUGACUUGUAAGGUCAUCUUACUUAUAUUUUUUAAUCGUGUUUACAUUUACCGUAUUAAAUCAUGUCUUUUAUUAAAAGUGAUGAAGUCAAUUAUCUUAUUUAUCGAUACCUUCAGGAAUCUGGUUUCAUACAUUCCGCCUUCAUCUUUGCAAAUGAAUCACAGGUUACCUCGACCAGUAUCAAUGGCUCACUUGUUCCAGCAGCAGCUUUAUUGAAUUUAAUUCAAAAAGGAUUACAUUAUAUUGAAGCAGAAAUUGGAAUUGGUGAAGAUGAUAAUCAAAAGAAUAUUGUUCAACUUUCUCUUAUUGAUGCAGUUUUACCCGACAUUGUCCCUCAAAGACAGCGACAACUAGCCAAUGCAAAUAAUAAUAGUUCAUCCGUCAUCUGUUAUGUGUCUAAUAAUAAUUCAUCCAAUAACAAUUCUUCAAUUGUUGCAAGUGAACCCACUCAAUCUGGACCAUCAGUGUGCCCCGUUUCAAAGUCGACACCCGAAGUGAUAAAGACUAAUAAUCAUACACCUAAGAGUUCAUCUAUUAACAAUUCGUCUAAUGUUUUAGUUAACAAUGUACCUAAAAAUUUAUUUAAUAGUUCAGCGAGUAGUUCAAAACUAGAUCAUAAUAACAAUUCAUCUAGCUAUAAUUUACGUAGCAAUGGUUCAUCUAACAACAAUACAUUGAAUAAUAGUUCAUUUAAUAAUAAUUCAUCUAAAAAUGGUGCAUCUGGUAACAAUUUGCAGUCCUUCGUUUCAAAGCCAACACCAGAAGUGAUUAAAACUGAAUCCAAUGGUCGAAAAGAUUCAUCUUCAUUUUUAGUUCCCACUUCAGCUUCAUCAGUUAAUCAACAAAUACCUCCGACAUUAUCAUCUUCAAACUCAUCUAACGCACCCCAACCUAUGGACACUACUCCAAGUUCAGCACCAACUUCAGGAAAUUCACAUAUUCAACCUAGAACCGGUAUUUUGCCCGAAGAGACAUUAAAUAAUGGAAAUGGCCCAAUUGAAAUUCCUGAUUCAAGAGUUAAAGUAUUGAGAGGUCAUGAAAAAGACGUCUUCAGCUGUGCAUGGCACCCAUCUUCAGAUACAUUAGCAUCAGCUUCAGGUGAUAGUACAGCCAGAAUCUGGAAUCUAAAUCAACAGUCAGAUUUUGAAGCGAAUCAGAUAGUAUUUAGACAUUAUAUUAAAAGAAAUGGCGUUAAAAGUCCAUCGCAUGGAGAUAUAACAUCACUAGAAUGGAAUCCCGAUGGUAAAUUACUGGCAACAGGUUCGCAUGAUUAUAUUGCCCGAAUAUGGAAUGUUGAGAAUCAACUAGUUCAUGAGCUAAAUGGUCACAGGGCACCCGUUUUGUCUGUCAAGUGGAAUGAGAAAGGAAGUUACCUUUUAACAGCUAGUGAGGAUAAAACAACUAUUGUUUGGAGUGCUACGACUGGUAAAGCCGUUCAAUAUUACAAAUGUCAUACUAAAUCAGUAUUAGAAAUAGAUUGGAGAUCAAAUUCAUCAUUUGCUUCUUGCUCCUCCGAUAAAACCAUUCAGAUACUAAAAGUAGGAGAGCCUUACCCUACUAAAACAUUCAAGGGUCAUACAGAGGACGUAAAUUCGAUAAAAUGGGAUCCUCAUAAAACUUUUUUGGCUUCUUGUUCAGACGAUCAGACAGUAAAAAUUUGGACAACUAAACAACCAAGCUUUGUUAAAAAUUUUCGUGGGCAUGAGGCUUCAAUUUUCACCGUGAAAUGGUCACCUACUACAGCUAACAUAGCCAGUGGCUCUUUCGAUCACACUGUCCGUUUAUGGGAACUUGAAAGAGGGUUGUGUUUACAUACUUUACAUAAACACACCGAGCCUAUUUAUUCAAUUGCAUUCUCUCCUGAUGGUAAACUUAUAGCAUCAGGAGCACACGACAGUCAUGUAUAUAUAUGGUGUACUAACAGUGGUCAAUUAGUUAAUUCUUUUGAAGCAACUGAUGGAGUUUUCGAAGUGUGCUGGAAUAAAAGCGGUGAUAAACUUGGAGUAGCAGAAAGUCGUGGAAAUGUUUACGUAUUGGAUAUGCGAAGAUGAUGACAAGAAUAAUCCUUUUUUUCAUUUUAGAUCAUCUUAUUAGCUUCUGUGAUAAUUUGCUCAACAAUUGUGUUUUUAUUUAAGCCAAAGAGUUCAAUCUUGCAAUAUUCUAUAUCAGUAAUUUGUAUUCACGGAGAAAAAUGUAAAAUCUUAAUCUGGUUGUCAGCACAGCUAUCAAAACAAUCUUCAAAUUUUAAAAUACUCAUUCUUUUUCACAACUUUUCAAUUGUAAACAAUAUUUUUAAUCGCUUUUUCAGCGCGGUUAUUAAAUUUUCUGUUCGCAUAAAACCAGUCAUCAUUCAAAGAGCAUCAUUCAUACACAACAAUGUAAAUUCUUAAAUAUUAUUUAAAUAAUUUUUCUACUUUUAUUAAUAUACAAAAUCCAAAGCAAUUUAUAAUAUUUUAUAACGACAUUAAAGCGAAAUUACAUCAAUUU